UUUUAACUACUGAAAUUAUUACAACCCUAACAAAACAAGCAAGCUUGUCCUUCUCUCGAUUUUUUGUCUGAUACUAUUAGUUUCGGACAAUCCAAUGCAUCUCAUUUCAGUUCAAUAGUUCAUGGAUUUUAUCCUUCCAUCUCCAUUCUUCUUCUCUCUAUAUGUUACUUAUCACUGAACCCCACAACUCAAUUUCUUUGAUUCUCAGUUCUCAACAAUUCUCCAUCAACAUGAGCUCAUCAGAGCUUCUGCAUUUCUUCGUCUUCUUCCUUUCAACCGCACAAGCCCUUCUCCGAUACUUGCUGGCCUGUUUAUUCCAAUUAAAUCGGGCUUCAGUCCUCUUCUUUGUCGUUGAUGCAGUUUUUUCUGUUUACUUUUGGUUCUGUGGCCUUACAUCCUUAACUGUUGAUUUAGAUGAUCGAACCACCAUGCAUUUUUGGACUUCCACUCAUCGGAGGUUCGAUAAGCCUAAUCUAGUCAUGGUCCAUGGCUAUGGUGGCGAUGCACGGUGGCAAUUUCUCUAUCAAGUGGGUUUUCUUUCUCGGAAAUUUAAUCUGUAUGUGCCGGAUUUAUUGUUCUUUGGUAAAUCUUAUUCCAACCGGCCGGACCGGACCGAAGAGUUUCAAGCCGGAUGUUUGGUAGAAGGGUUGAAAAGAUUGGGUGUGGAUAGGUUUUCCGCGUACUCGAUUAGCUAUGGAGGGUAUGUGGCGUAUCGGAUGGCUGAGAUUUGUCCAAAAGAGAUGAUGGAGAAGCUUGUGAUAGUGAGUAGUGGGGUAGGGUGGAGUGAUGAAGUGAAGAUUGAACAGAUUAAGAAGAUUGGAAGAGAUCCAAAAGAGCUGCUUCUGCCAACAAAUCCAGAUGAUCUGAGACUUUUAGUUAAGCUAUCAGUAUACAAAGGCAAGCCUUUGAAGUGGCUUCCUGACUUUUUCCUUCAAGAGUUCAUCAAUGUAAUGGGUAAUAAUCACAGAAAGGAAAAGUUAGAGCUGUUAGAGCACUUGUUGUCAAAGAAAGCAGAUGCAGACCUUCCAAUUCUAACCCAGGAAACACUCCUAAUAUGGGGCGAUAAGGACAAUGUCUUCCCUGUAUAUUUGGCCCAUCAGUUGCAGAGGCACUUGGGACCAAAAUCAAGAGUAGAAAUAAUCAAGGACACAGGCCAUGCUGCAAAUAUUGAAUCUCCUGAUGCUGUAAAUGCUUUGAUAACCUCAUUUGUUUUAGGUCACUCUUAAUUGAAAAUAUAUGUAUUUGGUAGAAAUUCCAUGCUAAUUAAAUGAUUCCGUAAGUGGGAAAUAGAGCGAGAA